AGAGGAUGGGACCUGCUCCCAAUGCCUGGGAGUGAAGCUGAAGAAUCAAAGCAACAAGGUUAUUUUGGGAGCUCCAGAGGCACGAAUUGCAGCUCCACUGUGACCCGCAGCGCGCAGCAGGCAGCGGCAGGCGACAGCCCCGCGUCCUGGGGGCACAUCUGCUGGCUUGGCGUCCACAUCCCUCCCCGACCCACGUCUGAACGCAUCGAGGGCCAGCACCGGCCGCCGGCAUCUUUUCAGAUGGCUGAGCAGCAUUCAAAAGGCAGCCUUAUGUAAGCGGCGCAGCUUCGGUAUGCAGCCCCAGUGGUGAGCGCGGAGGCGCCUUCCGCAGACACAGCAGGAGCAGCGGAGGGGCCGAGCGAGACAGCGGCCACAGCCGAGUCAGCACCCCACAGCGGACCGCAGCCCCAGAACCGUGACACUGUAUGCAAAUGAACGAGUGGGGACACUCCCACAGGCCAGAUGCCACUCUUCGGCUGGAUGAGGUGGCCCAAACACAACCCCUGCCCAGCGGCGCGCCGCCCUGGCUCCAAGGCCGUGGCCAGGACGCUACUGCGGGAGCUGCAGUGGCACCUGCAGGAGCGAGAGAGGUUCAUACAAGAGGUGGACCAUGAGCACCCUGGGGCGCGGGCGGGUGUGGAGUACACCUGGCUGAGAACCUACCAGAACCCCCACACGACCAUCCCCGCUACUGAACAGAGGCAGCUGGAAGCUCUCUGCGUGCAAGUUCAGCCCUGCCAGGCGGGAGCCAUUCUCAGCAGGUUUCGAGAAGUUCUGGCAGAAAAUGAUGUGCUGCCCUGGGAAAUUGUCCACGUCUUCAAGCGAGUUCUGGAGGACGCCCUGGGCAGCCCUGAGAAAGGCGGGCAGCCGGGCCUGGCGGUGGGGGGUGUGGGGGACAGCGCCCGGAGUUCAGACCAGGAUGAGAUUCCCACUGUUUCCAGUUACGUGGACCGGCACGCGGAGAGCAGGCUCCCCACAUCCUCGCGCAGGACGUGGAACCUGCCGUAUGACCACCCGCCCAGCUAGGCUGCUGGUGACCAGCGGCGCUGCAGGACCAUGGCCGUGUCGGAGCUUCACAUUCAGAAUAAGGUGAUGCGACCCACGUUUCUCUCUGUCGCGAGGUCCAAGUUAAAAAUCCCUGUGGCGUGUCCUGCUUUAGACAGUGUCCCCUUUGAACCUCUCCAACAGCGCAAUGUUUCUUAACAACUAAAAUGUUUCCUAAAUAUUUUGAAAAAAACAUUUGAAGUAUUUUCUUAUACCUCAAAGCAUCUCGCAGGAACUAGGGCAUCUACCAGUGUGCAGUAGGAAAUUUGACAAAUUCUGUGUGAAACCCCGACAUCAACCUGGACUUUGAUUCUAAGACGAAGCUACACACAGAA